UUUGUGGAUAAAAACCUAGACAAUGGCAGACAACAAUGAGAUGACCAUCAACCUUGUCAUCCUUGGAAGAGCUCAGACUGGCAAAAGCGCUGCUGGGAACAGCCUGCUGGGCAGCUCAGACUUUGAGAGUCGUUGCUGCCCAAGCUCUGUGACUAUGUGCUGCAGCCUCGGACACAGCUGCCGCAUUUCGGGGAUUUUACGAAGAAAUGGCUGUGAGCUACCUCUCCGUGUUCGUGUACUUGACACUCCCAGCUACCCUCACAGUGCUCUGAGCAAAGAGCAGGUGAGAAAUGCAGUGAGGUCAGCCCUUGCUCGCAGCUUCGGAGAGGAAGGCCUGCAUCUUGCACUCUUGGUCCUGAGGGCUGACUUGCCCCUGUGUCCAGAUGAAAGCGACCACACAAUUCAAUUCAUCCAGGAACUUCUGGGUCCCACAUGGAAGGAUUUCACUGCAGUUGUUCUUACCCAUGCAGACAAGGCAGAAGAGGCUGGAUUCAGUGAGGAAUUGUACUUGCACAGUGCCUCAAGUACCCUGCUGUCACUUUUGAGCUCAGUACAGCAUAAAUACACUUUCCUAGACAACCAGAAGACCAUAAUUAAAGAGGAAAGAGCUACGGUCUUAAGAAAGCUCUUAAAUUUUAUAAGACAAAAUAAUUAUCAAGUGCUUCAACUUAAACACAGCAUAGAAUAAAAUUAGCUUUCAGGUGCUCAUUUGUCUGUUUUCUAUGCUAGCUAACAUUUAAUAGAA